AUGGAUCCUGAUAUGCUUUCUGUUGGGUUUUAUGACCCCUUCUCUGUCUAUCCCAGAAAGGAUUUCGAGUCUAAAUUUCCGUUAACCAGUCUUCAUUGGAAGUAUGACGCAGCUAGACCGGUCCAACUGAUCCCUCUACUACCUGUGAAAAUGGUCGAAGAAGUACCAAAGGCUAAUGCAAAAUCAAUUGCCUCAGUUUAUGCUCGCAUCAUGUUCGUCAAGUUCGACAACUUGGAUGAAUACCGAUCACAAGUAAGACCACUUAUAAAAGAAUGGCUCAAGCAAUUGGUAACGCCAGCGGGUGAUUGGAUGAUUGUUUAUGUGGCGCCCGCAAAUUCUAAAGAAAAACAAAGCACCAUCAUAAAAGUGCUGAACUUUGGAAAGUUACUUCGUGACUUUGGACCAGAGGGUAAAGAGUUGACUGGCUUGGGGUUUACCCCCACGUUUGAUCGGACAAGAAUCUGCAAGUAUAGGCAAGGCAAUUCGGAAUUGUUAACUGAUGUUAUUGUCAACCUAAAGGGACUUUUGGUGGAUAGCUUCUCACAAAAGUACGCAUAUUUUAGCCGCGAAUUGGCACCCCCACAAGCUGAGAAAGGUAGAGUCCAAAAGCCUAUUGAACGUAUCAGACUAAAAUUUGGUCUUGCUGGACUUUUGAACGAUAUGCAUUUGUUCCAAGACGCCCUUGAAGUGUUUAAUGAUAUGUCUAGCAACGACGUUGUUGCACUAUUACAGGAAUUUCCGCCACAAAGUACAGUCAGUAUUCUGCCAGUACUCAAGCAACGUUUUUUUGCUCAGUAUAAGUACUUACCUGAAAAAGAUCCUCAACUUUUUGACAUCUUGUGUACCAUUUUUGCAAAUCAGCUGGCACUCCUACAACUGUUAGCAACACAUGCUACCACUAUAUCCAUUCUGGCUAUUUACGUGCUGCAGUUGUUUCAAAAGCUGAUAGACUUUCUCAGUGAACUCCUCGUCAAUUAUCGACAAUCGCUAUUGUUGGCGGAGUUUGCAAUUCGAAUGAUUGAUGAGUACAUUCUGCUUCCACUUGUUGCGAAGUUGAUUGGCGAAAACUCAAAGCAAGGGAAUGAAUACGACCUUCACGAAAUAUUGGAAUUUCGAGGUGAGCUUCUAUUAUUUCAAAGGUCUCGUUAUAAAGACAUUGCCAUCAAUUAUUAUGGAUACACAGUUAUUGGAGUUUCUGAUGUUUCUAUCGAGGAACGAUCAAAUCACAGCUCUGGAAAUCCAGUAAAGGAGAAACCGAUGAUCACCUACCAGCCAAUCAUCGAUGCCAUGUCUACUCCCGAAACAUUCUAUGCAUUCUAUGAAAAUUUGACGGAAAGCAUCAUUAAGGAUUUUGUUAAAUCGGGUCGAGAAAAAACUAUUGAUAUUAUGUCUAUUGACUUGGCACUCAUGGCAUAUCAACAAGGUCAUUAUAAGCAAGCUCUUCUGAUAAUUCAAGACUCGUAUGACUACUUCAUUUCUAAAGGCUGGAAUUUCAUGGGUGGCUUUCUUUUAGAAAUAUAUCUUGACUGCUUGCACCAUGACACUGAUGAAAAUUAUGAGAAACUCACUUUGGGGACUUUGAAAUUAUUUUUCCUGAUUUUUCAUCAUGGUCGAGUUGUAAACUCCAUCGGUGUGAACAAUUAUGGAGCCAUUAAGCAUCAUGAAUAUUUUGAAUCAUUAGUGAACCGUAUAAGGGCUUAUCUGCUGAAGAUCGAUCGUGUUUUAACGUUUCCCUUGGAAUUUGCAUACGAGAUAAAACCAUUCAUUGGAAGUGAAAAAAAUCGAUACUUCAUCAAGAUGUCGAUACCAAAUCGAAGUCCUUUAAAUUUAGAGUUCAAGGCUAUUGAGUUAGUUCUUGAGGAUUCCGAUGGGAUGGAACUUGAAUUCACCACUGAGGGUAUCGAGAUUCAUUCCGAAUCGACUGAGACAGUAAAGCUCUGGUCAAAAGAUUUCAAGGAAGGUCAGUUUCAGCCAAAGCGGCUAACGAUUCAAGUUUACGAAAAUUUGGUAUACACCAAAGAAUUUCCCAUGCCGAAAAACACCACUCUGGAUUUGACAAUUCAACACUCUGAGCCUGGUAGUAGUACUCUAUCAGUUAAUGACAUUCCUGCUACCAAUGACACGGUGGGAGGCUUGAUGGAAAAAAGGGAAAACGAAUCAAAAGUAAUUCUCAGAAUGUUUCAACACUCAUCAUCUGUAUGGUGUGAAUUCACGAAUACAGAGGAGAUAGAGUUGGGUAUUACUGAAGUUAAUUUUUGCAUCCACAGCAGUGAUGAACAAUUAGAAGAUGUCGAGGUUACAGUUGUACCUGCGACGCCUGGAGUAACUUUACUGAUUCAACUGAGAAUCUUAUUGGAUAACCCCAUACCGCCUCAUCUGACUCAUACGAUUCGAAUCCCUUUCACGUAUUACAGUGACAACAAACUCGUGAACUUAGGUGCGAUGUUAAGGUAUCGUUCUGGUGACAAAUGGCACUCCCACACGAUGAGCAGUACAGUUGAUAUCACGCUAGAGGUUUCUGUAACCGUGCAGGACUCCUUUCGAGCCCAGUUCCUCUACUCGAAAUUCACAAUUGGAUCCUCGCAAGCAAUGCUGCCGCUUCGUCUUUUAAGUUCAGAACUUGUUCUGCUGGAUAACGACAAGAGUUUUGAGAUCGUUAGUCCCGUAUAUCCGAAGUUGAACCAGCUCGUGGUUUUCAGUGACCAGCCGGCAUCGCUUUUCUAUAAGAUUAUACCUCGGGUAUCUGAGUUGUCACCUUCCCGAUGCUUUGACUUGUACGUGAGUUAUAUGAGUUUAAAGAAAGAAUGCCAGCAGGUGACUUUGGAAGCCUUGGAAUCUGCCCUCGAAACUAUUGAUGCAUCAUCUUUGAUGUACCUUUGUCGCACAAAAAUCUUGUCGAAAGCACAAUUUGACAUCAAUCAUUAUGCAUUAUACGGCAGCGUAAAAGUUGUCAACGCACAGGAGCUACUUGACUGGUCUGAAGAGCAGUUGAAGAAUUUUAUUCCGGAUACCUCGAAAAUCAUGCCGGUGCUUUCUUCGGUAUUAUCAACUAUUCAAUCACUGGCUACUUGUGUGCUGGACUUUUAUAAACUUCACAUCUCAGUACCGAUGCCAAUCCUUAACUUCCUUCAGAUUGUUUCUUAUAAUUUUGAUCGGAAAUCGCAAUUUUCUGUUGGCGAACCCAUAAAGAUGACUUUGGCAGUGAAAACUAUAGACAAAUGGACAGGGCCUGGUGAUGAGUGGAAAGACUGCAAAUUCGAACUCACUAUUCCAUCAGAUGAUAAUUGGCUGGUGACGGGCCUCCUCAAAACAACUUUUAUACCCAAGGAGGCGCCUUUUAUGGUGGAACUCGUGCUUGUACCACUUGUGGUAGGUAAACUUCCUUUACCGAAAGUUCUCAUCAAGCACUCACCUGAAAAACCUCAUCUAUUGGUUGAUUUUGCAUAUGCUAACGGACUGGAAACUUUAUUGAUAGUUCCUGAGUCUGAAAGUAUCACAUUCACGUUUUAG